GACCAAAGCAGAGAGAAAAGCACUACGCAAACAAGUCAAAUCAAAGCAUACGCUUUUAAAACAUGAAGGGAUUGAAACUUCGAGUACACCUUCUAAACAUCUUUUUGUGGCCAAUGCAGGUCUUGGGAAUGGAGUCAGCAGAGAUGAUGUGGACUCUAUCUUUAAUUGGUUUGGGGAAAUAGCAGACAUUGUGAUGUUACCUGAGAAACCAUAUGCAUUUGUGGAAUACACUUCAGUGGACGCUGCAGUUGCCGCAUGUCAAGCAAUGCAUGGUAGAAAGUUGAAAUGCCCAGAAGAAAUCUCUACCCCAGGAAUCACUUUUUAUAUCUCCUUCAUGGAAAAAGUCCCCCCUCCAAUAUCCAUUGGCAGUGCACUACCCCCUGGUUUAAUAUACCUGGAGGAGUUUAUCAUAGAGGAAGAAGAACAGGAUUUCCUAGAAUUCUUUAAAACACAAGAUGCAGAUUGUGCUGACACCCAAAAGACACUCAAGCACAGAAAAGUCAAACACUAUGGAUUUGAAUUCAUUUAUGGACCCAACAAUGUUGAUUUAGAGAAACCAUUGGAAGGGGGCAUUCCCACUGUAUGCGAUGGUUUGCUAGAUAAACUAAUGGCAAAGGGGUAUAUUCAGCAGCGUCCAGACCAACUGACCAUUAAUCAGUAUGAGCCAGGACAAGGUAUCCCUCCCCAUGUUGAUACCCACUCCCCAUUUGAAGAUGGCCUCAUAUCGCUAAGCUUGGGAUCACAGGCAGUGAUGGAUUUUCGCCACCCAGAUGGCCGCCAUCUUCCCGUGGUGUUGCAACCCCGUAGUGUAAUCAUAAUGACUGGAGAGUCCAGGUACUUGUGGACACAUGGGAUUACACCAAGGAAGGCUGAUGUGGUAUCUGCAUCAUCUACUGAGGGGAGUCAAGAUUCCCUCACUCUGGUCUCCAGAGGAGUCAGAACAUCAUUUACAUUCAGAAAGACCAGAAGUGGACCAUGUCAAUGUAAAUUCCCAGAGCAGUGUGAUUCCCAAAAGAAAUCCAGCCAAGAAAAUAUUUUGUUGCCAAAAUCAGAGCAAGAAGCAGCUCAACUUGAAAACAAACAUGUUCAUGAGGUGUAUGAAGAAAUUGCUGGCCACUUCAGUGGAACAAGGCACACUCCCUGGCCACGGGUAGUGGAGUUUCUAACAUCACUACCAGAUGGUGCUUUGCUUGCAGACAUCGGAUGUGGCAAUGGAAAAUACUUGGGGAUCAACAAAAAUAUUUUUUCAAUUGGUUGUGACAGAAGCUUCAACUUAGUCAAAAUCUGUGAGGAGAGGGGCCAUGAGGUUUUUGUGUGUGAUGCUCUCUCUGUACCACUAAGGGAUGGAGUUGUUGAUGCCUGUAUUAGUAUAGCUGUGGUACACCACAUGUCAACACAGGAGAGAAGACAACACGCCAUACAAGAAGUCUUACGGGUGCUGCACCCUGGUGGGAAAGCUCUGUUCUAUGUCUGGGCUCUUGAGCAGGAGCUCCAUAAAGUGAAGUCCAACUACUUGAAGGAAAUAAAAAUGAAACAGAGAGGUCAACAAUCAGAUUCUGAAGUUGAAAACAAUGAGACUGUAGUUGUAGAAAAUGGCAGCCAAGUUGUCCAGAAAGUUUCUGGUCCAGAUACUCAAGGUGUUGGUACUCUUGCUGGCUGUUGUCAGGAAAAUCGAAGUCAAACAAGCACUAAAACUGCUGCUGGGCAGGAAAGUAGGGAUUCCUCCGUGAAUGAGAGCAAUUCUAGUGAAAAACCACACCAGGUGAAGGUUGGGGAAAUGAACUGUCGCACAGAGAGCGGUGCAAUAAGUCAAAAAAUCCUGGUGGUUCACGUGAAUAGGACCAAAUUUGAGCAGCCUGAUUUGCUAGUGCCAUGGCAUCUUAAAGAGAAGGAGAAAAGAGACCAAACAACAGUGGGAGACAGUAAACUAUUUCAUAGAUAUUAUCAUGUGUUUGAAGAAGGAGAGUUGGAGGUUUUGUGUCAGAAAAUUCCAAAGGUCCGUAUAGUGGAGUCAUAUUAUGAUAAGGGUAAUUGGUGUGCUAUUUUGAUGAAAGAAAACGAUGCGUGAUCAAAAGAUUUUCAAGCAAGGGAUAAUUUUUCUUCAGAAACUUUGCAGGGGAAGAUCCAGGAUUAUUUGAAAGGGGGGGGGGAGGAGGGUCGGUGGAUGUGAAGUCGACCCCCCCCUCCCCUUGGCAUGGUAUUCAGUGCCCACUGGAGGGCCCCCAAAUAUAUGUUGGUAUUUUAUAGGGCUAACAGUGCCAUUUGGUACGGUUUAGAACUAUGAUUCAGCCAGUCAAAAUUCUAAUUUCAAGAGAGGACCAUUGGUGUGAUUUUUUCAGAAAUUGAAGGGGGGAAGGGGUCAGGACCCCCCUACAUCCACCACUGCUUUGGUAUUAUGUUACUGGCAGUGUGAGAUGUGCAUUAAUGAAGUGCAAUAACUUAAGGGAAUUAUGUAUGAAAAAAAUUAAUAAAUGCUAAAUAGAA